AUGGCUGCACUUACCCCUGUGUUUCUCUUUUUUCUCAUUCUCUCUGCCAAUUCUGAUGAAAGUUCUAAGUUGGAUUCAACAUGCUUUUCAGCCAUUCCGAUUUCCAACUCGGUUGCUGCUCUCUACGUGUUUGGGGACUCGACCGUUGAUGCCAGCAACAACAAUUUCAUCCACAAUGCCGUGAGGGUUAAUUAUUUGCCUUACGGCAUUGAUUUCAGCAACACCCCCACUGGCCAUUUCACCAACGGAAAAACUAUUGCUGAUUUCAAUGCGAUAUUAUAUAAUCUUUCACUACCCCCUCCGUAUUUGAGCUUGACGGAAGCACAAAGGAAGACUGCCAUGGACGGCAUCAAUUAUGCUUCUGCUGGGUUCGCUAAUGGGGAGAACAAAUCCUAUUUGUAUACAUUACUCAUAAAUGAACUGACACAGUUGCAGAUCUCUUCCAGACAUCAUGUCAUCAUAGAAAUGGGUAGAAAAUUGUCUCCUUAG